UCCUCUCCCCUACGUGCCUGACUAGCUAUUUUCACUUUCUUUCUCUUUCUCCCCCACUUUGUACAUUUUCUGACUAUUUGUCCUCUUCCUUCCAUCACUGCUCGCUGCUUCUCAUUCUAAGCACCAUUAUUCUGUCUUAAUUAUUAGCUAUUGUUUCAAUAUUCCCUUCAUUUUUGUUUAAAAGGGAGAAAAGAAGGAGAAAGGGUAGAGUACUUACACCCUGUUUGCUUAGAUUGAUGAAGGAAGGGAGUGGUAGGAAGCAGGGUGCAGCCCCACCCUGUGCAGCAUGUAAGCUUCUGAGGAGAAGAUGUGCUCAGGAUUGUGUUUUUGCUCCCUAUUUUCCUGCUGAUGAGCCUCAGAAGUUUGCAAAUGUGCACAGGGUCUUUGGUGCCAGCAAUGUCAACAAAAUGCUUCAGGACCUACCAAUGCAUCAAAGAGGUGAUGCAGUGAGUAGCAUGGUGUAUGAGGCCAAUGCUAGGGUCCGAGAUCCUGUUUAUGGGUGCGUAGGGGCUAUUUCUUCUCUUCAGCAACAGAUUGAUGUUCUACAAACCCAAUUAGCUCUGGCCCAAGCUGAGGUGGUGCACCUUCGGGCCCACCAAAAUAGGUGCUUUUCCAAUCUUGGGCUUGGAUCCACUAGCCCAACAAAUAGUGGGUCCCCUUCAUCCAAGGUCAUGGACCCACAUGCUAAGCCUAUUUUUGACAUGGACAUGGGGGUGGAUCAAGAGAGCUAUGGUGGUUCAAUGUGGUAAUGGUGACUUAUAUAUGUUAAUACAAUUAUUAUAGGAUAGUAAUCCAUAUAUCUAAUUAGUGGAGCAUAGGAAGAAACAAAACAAUAUGAUCACUUUCACUUUGUGAGAGUUGGAGUAGUGGUGGAGUAGCUGUGGUGGAGGCACUUCACCCGCUUAAUGGAUUUGAUUUCUGUUUAAUUAGACGCUUAAGUUAAUAUUGUAAAAUCUUAUUUAUUUGUAUGUUGAGAUGCAUGUUUUUCCCUUUGUGUUGUGGUAGAUGCAAAAUCAAAUAUACACUUAGUUAAAUUUGGUUUUGGUAAAGAGUUUCUCAUUGACCAAGUUUGGUGUGAAUAUUACUACUACUUUGUAUGGAGUGCAAGUUUAUGGUGUGAUUGUGGACUCCUAUGGCAAAUGGUGUCAUGGAAAAUUCUAUUGUUGUUUUAGUGGUGCUAGGACUAUGCCUUUUGCAACAUGAAGGAAUGAAGGAUGCACAAGCUACAAUUUGCAUGGAGUUUGAAAGGCAAUGCUACUUCUUCCUAAUUUGGUGUGUUAGUUAAGUUCCAAAGCUUAAACAUGUUAUCAAAUUGAGGGAAAUGGCUCUUAAAUUAUAUCAAAAACUAAAAGUAUGUAUAUGUUGAAAGAAAUGAAUAUCAUAUCAAGUGUUUGAAUGUUUGAAUACUAGUUAAGUGUAACUUCCAUCUCAA